AUGCCUUCAUUGAUAGGGAAUGAGCUGUUCACUAGCAAGAGGGUUAUGCUUCUUCUGGCAUUGAUCUGCUUGCUGGUGCUUGUUCGAAAUUCACAAGCGGCGUCCAACAUUCAUCAACCGCAACAACGCCAGCACCUCAACUCGCCUCCUCCGUAUCUCCCUAAGCUGAGGCCGCCAUCAUCACCAUGUCGUGGUGGAAAUAAAUCACCACCGCCCCCACCUCCGCCUCCGGCUUGGUUUUACUUUUACUCUCCUCCACCUCCUAGUCCGCCACACUCGCCUAACCAUCCACGAACUGCAUACUCUCAGCCACCGCCUCCGGCUCGGUUUUACUUCUACUCUCCUCCACCUCCUAGUCCGCCACACUCGCCUAACCAUCCACGAACUGCAUACUCGCAGCCACCGCCUCCGGCUUGGUUUUACUUCUACUCUCCUCCACCUCCUAGUCCGCCGCACUCGCCUAACCAUCCACGAACUGCAUACUCGCAGCCACCGCCUCCGGCUCGGUUUUACUUCUACUCUCCUCCACCUCCUAGUCCGCCGCACUCGCCUAACCAUCCACGAACUGCAUACUCUCAGCCACCGCCUCCGGCUCGGUUUUACUUCUACUCUCCUCCACCUCCUAGUGUGCCUCCGGCUUGGUUUUACUUCUACUCUCCUCCACCUCCUAGUCCGCCACACUCGCCUAACCAUCCACGAACUGCAUACUCGCAGCCACCGCCUCCAACUCCGAAGGGCAGAUUGAACAAAUACUAG